UCAAAACUCAGCUUGUCUACAUGGUCACUGUGGUGGGGAACCUGGGCAUGAUUGUGAUCAUCAGGAUCAACCCCAAACGCCACACCCCCAUGUUCUUUUUCCUCAGUCACUUGUCUUUUGUUGAUUUCUGCUACUCCACUAUAGUUACACCCAAACUAUUAGAAAACUUGGUUGUGGGAGACAGAACCAUCUCCUUCACAGAGUGCAUCACGCAGUUCUUCUUGGCUUGUAUAUUUGCAGUUGCAGAAACAUUCAUGUUGGCAGUGAUGGCCUAUGACCGUUUUGUGGCAGUUUGUAACCCCCUGCUUUACACCGUCGUCAUGUCCCAAAAGCUCUGGGCAUCAUUAGUCGGUGGGCCCUGUGCAUGGGGUAUAGUUGCUUCCCUGACACUCACUUAUUUUCUCCUGACAUUAUCCUUUUGUGGCUCUACCAUCAUAAAUAACUUUGUCUGUGAGCACUCGGUUAUUGUUUCUGUCUCCUGCUCUGAUCCCUGUAUCAUCCAGGUGCUUUGUUUUCUCUUUGCCAUAUUCAAUGAGGUCAGCAACCUGGUGAUUAUCUUCGCUACACUUUUCAUUUCUGUAACUGUCAUAAAAAUGCCUUUCAAUGGGGGGCGCCAAAAAAUCUUCUCCACCUAUGCCUCCCACUUGACCGCCAUCGCCAUUUUCCAUGAGACUGUCCUGUUCCUCUAUUGUGUACCCCACUCCAAAACCUCAUGGCUCAUAGUCAAAGUAGAAUCUGUGUUUUAUACAGUGGUCAUCCCCAUGCCGAACCCCCUGAUCUACAAACAAAGAUGUGAAGGAGACUGUCAGAAAGUUCAUGAGCCACCUAACACAAUCUUGAAGAUUUAUGUAUUUUUCUGGAAAGAGUUUGCUUUAUGAUGUUAAAAAUCAUUCAAUGUUUCUAGAAGAGAU